UGUGACAAUCUUUGCGAACUGUCUCAAAGACCUAAAAUGCAUGCUGGUGUUAUUGUUUUGGGCCGCAACAGGCGACACCAGGGCUACAUAUCUCAAGCUUCAAUUGAAGUAGUAGGGGGCAGACGCCGGCUGAUACAACAUAUAUUGCAGGCUACUUGUAUAGCGAGCCGGAGUCGGGAGGAUACCGCGCCACCAUCUUCCUCCUUCAUGGCUUCCCUGACCUCUCCAUGGGAUGGCGCUACCAAAUCCCCAUGCUCAUCAACAUGGGAUUGAGAGUCGUGGCCCCCGAUUGUCUAGGCUACGGCCAGACAGACGCUCCCGAAGACAUCCACCUCUACUCCCACCGCAACUGCGCCAACGACAUCAAAGAACUCGCCGCCCAGCUCGACGCCCCGCAAAUCAUCCUAGGCGGCCACGACUGGGGCGCAGCCCUAGCCUACCGCGUCGCCCUCUGGCACCCCACCCUCGUCACGCACGUCUUCACCGUCUGCGUCCCCUACAGCCCGCCCACGCGCCACUUCCUCUCGCUGGAGGAAUUCACGCGCAAAAUCGCCCCGCACUUCGGGUAUCAGCUGCAGUUCCGCAGCGGGGCGCUCGAGCGUGCCCUGCAGUCUAAGGAACGGAUCGCCAGGUUCCUGUCGGCGCUGUAUGGAGGUCUGACGGUUGGUGGAGGGGAUUCUGUUUCCGAUGAGGGUGGUGGUGGUGGUGAUGCGGAUGUGGACGACGAGCCGGCGCCAGCGUUUGAUGCUGAGGUCGGGGUGCUUUGGGAUCGAUUGGAGAGGGUGGGGGCGUCGAGGUUGUUGAGUGAGGAGGAACUGGAGUAUUAUGCGACGGAGUAUGCGAGGAAUGGGCUUAGGGGUCCUUUGAACUGGUACCGCACCCGCCGCAUCAACUACGAAGACGAACUCUCCAUUCUAAACCAACGUUUCACCGCCCCGCUGCUGUUCAUCCAGGCCCUGAAGGAUCCCGCCCUGCCCCCGAAUCUGGGCGGCGGCAUGACCCGCACGAUCCCGCAUCUGACCUACAAGCAGGUGCGGACGGGCCACUGGGCGCUGUGGCAGCGGCCCGAGGAGGUGAAUGCGAUUAUCGCGUGGUGGGUGGAGGAGGUGGUGUUUGGGCGGUUCGGGGUGUCGAAGUUGUAAAAAGAGGUUGGGUGUAGAUGAGUUGUAUGUUUCGUUCGGUGUUGUCGUUGAUUCCCUGGUUGUUUUUCAUGCUGUUGUUGGUGUAGGUUUUAAAGUGGAUGAUAUGAGGGGUAUACGAAGUCAAGUCACGUCAAGUCAUGUCAGAGUUGAUGGAUAUGCGCAUAACCAGAUUUGAACUACAAUACAAUAUUAAAU